AAAGGCGUUUUUACACUGGUAUACUAGCGAGGGUAUGGAUGAAAUGGAAUUCACAGAGGCUCAAGCUAAUAUGACCGACUUAGUAAAUGAAUAUCAACAAUACCAAGAAGCUACUGUGGAGGAAGAAAUAGAGGAAGGUGCUGAGUACAUAACGGAAGAACAGCCAAUGCCUGAAACUUUUGAUUAA